AUGGCACGGCCCGAAAAGCCACAAGACAACGUCCACGCCAGCGAUGACUCGCUUGAGCAGACGCUGCCCAAGGAGGAGAAGUCGCAGCCACCUCCUGAGGCCAAGGAGGGGACGGUCAAGGCGUAUCUUGCCCUUCUUGGCGGCUCUCUGGGGCUGUUCAUCUCCUUUGGCUGGCUCAACUGUAUCGCGCUGUUCCAGGCUGAGUACGAGGAGAACGAGCUGAAGAGCUACUCGAGCUCAGAGAUCUCCUGGAUCACAUCGACCGAGUUCUUCCUCAUGCUCUUCUUCUCUCCCAUGUCCGGCUACUUGUUCGACAAUUACGGCCCGCGACUGCCCAUCUUUAUCGGCGGCUUGCUGCAGGUCUUUGGCCUUAUGAUGGCCAGUCUCUCGUCGAAAUACUACCAGAUCAUGCUCAGCCAGUCUAUUGUCGCCGGGAUCGGCACUUCGCUGAUCUUCAAUCCUUGCGUGACAUCUCCAAUGACUUAUUUUCGCAAAGCACGAGCGCUGGCCGGUGGCUUGACCGUCGCCGGCUCGUCGAUCGGCGGCGUAGUGUUUCCUCUGAUGGUUAACCAUCUACUGCCCAAGAUUGGAUUCGGACGGACAGUGCGAGCCUGCGCCUUUAUGAUCCUUGGUCUCUGGUCCAUUGUCGUGUGCUUCAUUUCGGCCAAUCUGCCGCGCAAGAACCGGGACUUUGAUUUUCACCGGUACCUGAAGCCAUUCAAGGAGCCCAACUUCAUCAUUCUGUUUAUUUUCGACUUCUUCCUCUACUGGGCCAUCAUCAUCCCGCUCAACUACCUCUCCGUCUCGGCCAUUUCCCGCGGGAUGUCCAUGUCCAUGGCGCUGAACCUCAUUCCCAUUAUGAACGCAGCAAGCUUCUUGGGCCGCACCGUCCCCAAUGUCUUGGCCGACAAAUACGGCCGCUUCAACGUGAUGAUGGCAAUGCUGCUCUUCACGUGCAUAAUCGAGCUCGCUUUAUGGCUGCCUGGGAAGUCCAACGCCGCUAUCAUUGUCUUUGCAGCCUUGUUUGGUAUUGGCUCUGGAGCGUGCAUCGGCUUAGCGCCUGUCCUGGUCAUGAAUCUGUCCCCGUCGCCCGCAGAGUAUGGGUUCCGCAUGGGCGCUGCGCUGGCCGUUGCCGGUAUUGCGUCUCUCACUAGUCCUCCCAUUGCCGGCGCGAUUGCGGCGAGAAGUAGUGGAUCGUACGACAACGCGUUCAUAUUCGCCGCAGCGAACGGGUUCGUCAGUCUAAUCUUCUUGAUCAUCUUGCGCGGGAGGGUGAUUGGGUGGAAUUUCUUUGCGAACGAAAGCGUCGGAAAGGAGGGAGGGCACUGA